GGCAGCCUCGCCCGUCAGCCGCGCAGGCAGCCCCGGCCCGAGGGGAGCAGCCCCCAUGGCUGACCGGAGCCUAAUCGAGGGAGCCGAGCCCUUCCCGCGCAGGGAAGAGGCUCCGGAGUGGGGCUACGAAGAAGGGGUCGAGUGGGGACUGAUUUUUCCCGAUGCCAACGGGGAGUACCAGUCGCCCAUCAACCUGAACUCGAGAGAAGCGAAGUACGACCCCUCGCUCCUGGAAGUGCGCCUGUCGCCCAACUACGUCGUGUGUCGCGACUGCGAAGUGAUUAACGACGGGCAUUCCAUUCAGAUCGCACUCAAGUCCAAGUCAGUGUUAAUAGGUGGGCCGUUACCUCGAGGACAUGAGUUUGAACUACACGAUGUUCGAUUUCACUGGGGGAGAGAAAACCAGCGUGGUUCUGAGCACACGGUUAAUUUUAAAGCCUUUCCCAUGGAGCUUCAUCUAAUGCACUGGAACUCCACACUAUACAGCAGCAUUGAUGAAGCAGUAGGGAAGAAGCACGGCAUAGCUAUCAUUGCUUUAUUUGUACAGAUAGGAAAAGAGCAUGUAGGCCUAAAGGCUGUAACUGAAAUUCUCCAGGACAUCCAGUACAAGGGAAAGUCCAAAACUAUACCCUGUUUUAAUCCCAACUCUUUAUUACCAGAUCCUCUACUUCGUGACUACUGGGUGUAUGAGGGCUCCCUAACAAUUCCACCCUGCAGCGAAGGUGUCACCUGGAUUUUGUUUCGCUAUCCUUUGACUGUGUCCCAAGUGCAGAUAGAGGAAUUUCGUAGACUGAGGACCCAUGUUAAGGGUGCAGAACUUCUAGAGGGCUGUGAUGGAAUUCUAGGAGAUAACUUCAGACCAACUCAGCCACUUAGCGACAGAGUCAUCAGGGCUGCAUUUCAGUAGCAGAAGAGGAAAAACAACAAAAGUAAAUCUUUAUUAAUAGAGGGAGAAGACAAUGCUCCCACAGUGCCCUUGGAUGAGAAAUGGAAACUUUUGAGGCUGCUGCUUCAGUUGAACCACAAAGCCUGUAUUGUUUGUCUUCAUCUAAUUCAACUCUGAUAGACAGCUGUGACAGUUGUUCUGUCCACACAGUUCAGUGAAAUUCUGGAAAUGGGGCUGUACAUUAAAAGAAGAAAGCAUUAAAUCUUCCAAUUUACACUGUUAGCUAUUUUUAAAUGGUAAUAAUCAUUGCUUAUGUAAUUUCCUUUUUUGCAGUAGCAUUCAAUAGUGGUCUGUGAUCCAAAUAAUACUAAUUUUAAGCUUGGUAUAAAUGUUAAUAUAUAGAGAAAUACUCAUUGUUUUGAAUGUUACAUUUAAUUCUAUUUUGUAGCAUCUCUUUUGCUGUCAGUAACCAUCUUUUCUGUAGGGGGGAGGUGUGUUCUGUAAAGCUAAUAAAACCAUUGGUUGUUCACAAAGUA